GUCAACAACGGGAGUGAUUCAUUCGCAAGAAGUGAAGAAAGUCGAGUUUCCCGUGAUGGAAUACAACGUUUCAUGGACGCCGAACGCGUUUUAGCGGCCGAAUCAGCUUGCGGAGGUUGAGACAAGAUUGAGAGGAAGUGAUUUAAAGGCCGGACACGAUGGCCAAAGACUACGACCACUUGUUCAAGCUGCUCAUCAUCGGCGACAGUGGUGUGGGCAAAAGCUCUCUUCUGCUGAGGUUCGCGGACAACACAUUUUCAGGAAGUUACAUCACAACGAUCGGCGUCGACUUCAAGAUCCGCACAGUCGAUGUGGACGGCGAACGCGUCAAGCUGCAAAUUUGGGACACGGCCGGACAGGAGCGCUUCAGGACCAUCACCUCGACCUACUAUCGUGGCACACACGGUGUGAUCGUAGUCUACGAUGUUACCAACGGCGAGUCCUUUGCAAAUGUCAAGCGGUGGCUCCACGAAAUUGAGCAGAAUUGCGAAGUAGUCAACAGGAUAUUAGUUGGAAAUAAGAAUGACUCUCCCGACAAGAAGGUUGUCCUCACGGAGGAUGCGCAGAGAUUUGCAGAUCAAAUGAACAUUCAGCUCUUCGAAACGAGCGCGAAGGAUAAUAUUAACGUUGAAGACAUGUUCAUGAGCAUUACAAGACAAGUCCUGUAUACUAAGAAAGAACGAAAGGAGCGGCAGAACCAGAGUGGUGAGACCGUCAAGAUCGGCAUGGGCGGCAAGUCUAGGAAAAGCAAGAGCAAGUGUUGUUAGCGAGACUGGCUGCCCAUCUGCACGUCUUGCCAGCCAGCGAAUUCCACCACAUUUCCUCUUCUCUACUUCUUCAAUCAAUUGGUUGUGCGCGCGCAAAUUUAUAAAAAAAAAAUAUUAAUAUUAUUUUCUACUCUGUUUAAUCUGUGCCAAAAUUGGUUCCUUAUUUCUUUCGGCAAAAGAAGCUUCGUGUGGAAUUCUUCGGCGAUCACAACAGACAGUUUGUUAGUGCUCAAAAGUUGCCAGUUUUGAGAUUUUAGUGACUUUUAAAAUGAGUAGAUGAUACGACAGACUUUGAAUUUAUAAUCAAUGCGAUUCAAAACAACUUAUAAUCCACAUACCAUGAACUUGCAUAAGAAAAGUGCUCGUCCCUGGGCUCACUACAUCAUUCAAUAUUUUGCCCCAAGUCCAAAUUUGUACCUAUUUGUUGAAU